GGCUGCGUCGGCGAUGCGCACACUGCCCGGAUGCAACGCCAGUCACGAAUAUUUGAGGAACGAAUUGCGCAAAUACCACCCUUAUCAACUGCAAAUAUGUAGUUAUUUGAAUGCUCCUCUGGAAGGCGGCUGGUAGUAAUAUCCUGUGAUACAACACGUUUUAGAUCAUACAAAAUGAAAUCCCUGUCAAAAUGUGCAUGGACAGCAAGACUAAUAGUCCGUUUCCACCGACACUAUCUGGACUUUGUCAUGCGGGGUACUAGGCAUUGAUAAACCUCCUCAAAACCUUUUUCGCUAUUGCUAUUGCACGUCAGCCGUGGGCUCAUAACUCUGUAGAAAAGUCCUCGACGGGCUCUCAACAUAACUCACUUCAUCAGUGAGUUUAUUGCCAGUAACUAGUUAUCGACCUGAAUAACUCAUAACUGUGCGGGGACAAGCUAGCUAUCGGGUUCACGCACCCGCAGCUGCAGUUCAUGCAGGACUGAUGUCAGUGCCUUACAUGCUCCAAGAUGAUCAGAGAGGUCCAGAAUGAUGUAGAUGGGUCUAGAGGAUCAGCAGUAGGAUCAUGAGUAGGAUCACAGGUGGACUAGAAAGAUCCAGCACACGACGGGGAAAUCUGCACGGCGCAUGUGGCGUCACAGAUGAUCGCGAACUCAGGAAAGUAGUAGCGAUGUUGUCGUGGCACGCGGGGCCACGCGCAACCAUCUCAGGAAAUGCCGACACAGGAUAUUCAGGCCUACUAACUCUCUUCGCAGAGAGAGGUCGAUCAGGAAACUCUUGUGGGUCUGUCGUGGCGCGACCAGGCACAAACCACACUCACAACCAUGACAAUGGACAUCAAGGGAACAUAGUGCCAGAAUGGCUUCAGGUAUGAAGCCAGUAGUAGGAAGAAUCAUAUACAUUAGAAAUCCGUAGUACCAUGACCAUGAGGGUACCUCGAUAGCUUAGGAGUGUUCUCUCUGGUUGUAGGACGGCAUGUAAUCGCUCACGCGACAGUCCUCGACGUUGGCGCGUCCACAUACGCUCUUGCGUUCUUAGUAAACAUCCAGAACAAGGCGCAUGACAAACACGACAUGGAGAUGAGUGUACUACAACUUCCACGCCCAGUCAACUACAUCUUUGCAAUCCAUAACCCGCGUCACACGACUGACCAGCAGGUUUUGGGGUACGCCCCAGGACCAGAGACGCAUGCUCCAGGAGCAGAACGACCACAGAGGGCUUUGCGCAGCGAAGAAGAAGAAGAAAGAGAAGAAGAAAAAGCCCUUAUGUCUACGGCCAGUGACCGGAUUGGCGGAUCAAGUGACUCCGUGACCAAGGAGCCCACAGACGUGAGCGAGCUGACGAAUGAUUUUCAGCGGCUGAGCCUGCACCACGCCCGGAAUCUCUAUCGAAAGCUGCACAAAGAAAUCAAGGAUGACAGAUUAACGAAGCG